GAAAAUUGACAGUAUCUGACAUAAUGGCGGGAGUUAUUCGGCGGCUGGAGGAGACCGUGGUUAACCGGAUAGCUGCUGGAGAGGUCAUCCAGAGGCCGGCCAAUGCAAUCAAGGAAAUGAUUGAAAACUGUUUAGAUGCCAAGUCUACCUCCAUCCAGGUGACCGUGAAAGAUGGAGGGAUGAAACUGAUCCAGAUUCAGGACAAUGGAACUGGCAUCAGGAAGGAAGACUUAGACAUAGUAUGUGAGAGAUUUACUACAAGCAAGCUGCAAUCAUUUGAGGAUUUGUCCAAUAUUUCCACUUAUGGGUUUCGAGGAGAAGCAUUGGCCAGCGUAAGUCAUGUGGCUCAUGUUACAAUAACUACCAAAACAGCAGAUGGAAAAUGUGCCUACAGAGCAAGCUAUGCAGAUGGCAAGUUAAAAGCACCUCCAAAACCUUGUGCUGGAAACCAAGGAACCCAGAUUUCGGUCGAAGAUCUUUUUUAUAAUGUUUCAACAAGGCGAAAAGCUCUAAAGAGUCCAAGUGAAGAGCAUGCAAGAAUAGUUGAAGUUGUCAGCAGGUACGCUAUCCAUAACUCUGGAAUCGGUUUUUCGGUCAAAAAGCAAGGUGAAACUAUGGCAGAUGUAAGAACAUUAUCUAAUGCAACUACAGUGGACAAUAUCAGAACUGUUUUUGGAAAUGCAGUGAGCAGGGAACUUAUAGGAGUUGGCUGUGAAGAGGAUAAACUUGCAUUUAAAAUGAAAGGUUAUGUGACCAAUGCCAACUAUUCUAUGAAAAAGUGUAUUUUCUUACUCUUCAUUAAUGCAAGACUUGUCGAAUCAACAGCAUUAAAGAAAGCAAUAGAAACUGUGUAUGCUGCUUACUUGCCAAAGAAUACACAUCCUUUUCUUUACUUGAGCCUAGAUAUAGCUCCCCAAAAUGUUGAUGUGAAUGUGCAUCCUACAAAGCACGAGGUUCAUUUUCUACAUGAAGACAGCAUCAUAGAAAGGGUACAGCAGCACAUUGAAAGUAAACUUCUAGGAUCAAAUUCUUCCAGAAUGUACUUCACACAGACAUUAUUACCAGGACAUUCUGUCUGUGCAAGUGGUUUUACUAAACCACUGCCAGCCUCCUCUACAUCUCAGAAAUCCAGUGAAAAGGUUUAUGCUCACCAGAUGGUACGUACAGACUCUAGGGAGCAGAAGCUGGAUGCUUUCCUCCAGCCUUUGAACAGACAGCAGCUUAGUUUCUCAGGCUGCCAAACGCCUGAAAAUGCUGAAGGUCAAAAACAUAACAGAGUUCCCUCUGAGGAUACCAAAGUGGCAGAACCAAGUGAUCUGGAAAUACUUGAUGUUCUGGAGGCUACAGCUAACUCAGAAAGUUAUGUGCUUAAACAAAAAAAAACUGAUGAUUCCCCAAACAACAUCGAACAGCCCAGGAAAAGACCACGAAGAGUCUCCGAUGUGGAAAUGCUUGAGGAUGUUGGGUCAGUAAAGACUUUGACUGCUGCCUCCACACCAAGGAGAAGAAUUAUAAAUCUUACAAGUAUAUUGAGCUUGCAGAAAGAGAUUGAAGAGUGUGGUCAUACAAGUCUUCAGGACAUGCUACUCAAUCAUUCGUUUGUUGGCUGCGUCAAUCCUCAGUGGGCUUUAGCUCAGUUUCAGACAAAGUUAUAUCUCCUAAACACCACUAAACUCAGCCAGGAAUUAUUUUAUCAGAUACUCAUUUAUGACUUUGGAAACUUUGGCGUAAUGAAAUUAUCCGAGCCAGCUCCACUUUAUGACUUGGCAAUGCUAGCCUUGGAUAAUAAAGAGAGUGGGUGGACAGAAGAAGAUGGUCCCAAAGAAGGUCUUGCUGAGUAUAUUGUACAGUUUUUAAAGAAGAAGACAGAGAUGUUGGCAGACUACUACUCACUUGAAAUUGAUCAGGAAGGAAACCUUAUAGGAUUACCUUUACUGCUGGACAACUACAUCCCUCCUAUGGAAGGAUUGCCGUUGUUUAUUUUGCGCCUAGCCACAGAGGUCAAUUGGGAUGAUGAGAAGGAGUGCUUUGCAAGCUUUAGCAAGGAAUGUUCCAAUUUUUACUCCAUUCGGAAGCAGUAUAUAUUAGACGAAUCUUCCAAUAAUGCGGACAACAAAUCUUUAACAGGGUCCUCCUCUUGGCGCUGGACUACAGAACACAUUCUAUACAAAGCCUUCAGGACUCACCUACUACCUCCAAAGCCCUUUACAGAAGAUGGAAGCAUCCUUCAAAUUGCAAAUCUCCCCGACUUAUAUAAAGUGUUUGAAAGGUGCUAGCAUUUUGUAUAUGACUUAUGAGGACUGAGAAAACAGAAGCAAUUUUCCUCCCUUCCUGUGUCACAUUAAAUGUUUCAUUCUGUAAGAUGGAAUACUUCUUUUGAAUCAACUGAGUGACAUCAAAUAGCCCAACUAUGAAUUACAAAUAUAUAUACUUAAAGUAUAACAGUCUAUUUAUGAUGUGCACAGUAACAUCAGCUCCAAGUGUUUGUAACUGUGCAGUGAGUCUUAUAUGAUUAGUCAUAGCACAUCAUCAAUAAAGUGCUGCACUUAUGCUUAUCCUGCACUUAUCCUGUAAAAAUACACCCACUAUGUGUUUGUCUUUCUAAUGUUAACUCCUUUUUUGCUAAUUGCAUCUUUUUUGAUAUUCUGUUCGCCAGUUGCCACCACUUUUUAAUAAAAGCUGUUUGAUAA